CGAAAACUGUCAAACGCGCCCGAACCACCACGGCUCGACGAAAACGUCAACAUCAUCUACCCUUUUUAACGAAGUUGUGUGGUUGCGUUCGUCUAAAAAUGGGCAGUGGGUUCGCGACGGAAGAAAAUGGCGUCUGCCAACUUUUUGGAAGAAGCUCUUAAAUCAGACGUCGACGAAUCCGCGGUGAAUGCGAUUGUCGGUACGCUGGAAAAUCAGUUGGACGCGAACACGAACCAGGUGCAACAAGUAGACGGUGUAGCUGGCCCAUUAGCGGUGGUCGGUGGUGGCGUUGUGAAAAAUCAAUCCGGUGGUGUUGGUGGUGCUGGUGCACGUAUCGAGGCAGGCGUUGUGUCUAAUGGGGGUACGGGCAGUAGCAGUGCUUCACCACAGGCAGUGCCGUCGACACACGUACAGCAGCAGCAGAAGAAGCACGGCACUGGUGGCCUCAUUACGAAUGGUGAAAUAGUGUCGAAUAGUAGUGCGAACCACGGUGGUGCUAUCAUUAACAACAAUACGAUUACGACCAAUAAUAACAACCUUGGUGGCAGCAGCAACAAGACGUUCGUGGUGAACGCGAGUGUGAACAGCUCGAUAACGACAGUGAUCGGUGGGAAAGGGGCUGCUGGUGUAACGACGGUUGGCGGUAGUGGUGCCAGUGGUGGUGGUACGUUAUCGAACAUCAGCAUUGGCCAGCAGCAGCAGCAGCAGCAUCAACAGCAACGUAACACCAUCCCAGCAACGGUGGUUGCUACGGGGAGUACGCCCGGCGGAGGCGGCGGAACCGUCAACAUCAUCAGCCAGCAGAUAGUGGUUCCUGCGCGUGGUGGCGGUACCGUUGGCCAGCAGCAUCCUCCUCCGCCGUUUAACGUUCCUCCACAGCACAGCUACACGGCAGCUUCCAGCGGCAGCAACAGCAACAUCGUUUUCAGCAAUAAUCACCUCGUAACGUCGUCGACCAUGCCAAAGAAUGAACCAGUAAAGUUGGUUUAUCCUGCAGCCGGCGGUACCACCCAGACGGCGGUCCUCAACAUGAACAACAACCGCGUCACCCUGACCCCGUCGUCAUUGCCGAACGGCGGGACGCUUACCAUGUCCCAGCAAGGGCAGCUCAUCCAAACGAACGUGGUGGCAACCGGUGGCGGGACCAAAACUAUCGCCGGCACCACCAUCCAGCAGCAGCAGCCGGGUGCGGGCCAACCGGGCCAACAGCAGUCCAGUGGUGCACCGCAGACGAUCAUUAUCAAAAAUUCGGCCGGCGGCGGUACGGUCAUGAAUACGGGCACGCCCGGCAUCAUGACGGUUUCGAAACCGAUCAACAAUCAGGCAACACCAAACAUAGUCGGUUUACCCGGUGGUGUACAAAUUGUAAAUGUUAGACCUGGCGCACAACCUACACAAGCACAGCAGAAAACUGUUGCCGCUGUAUCACCUAGAGUUGUCAUUGGUAGUCAGCCAAUAGUUAGUACUAGACCACCAAACGCAAGCGCUAUCACAUUAAGUGCCCUUCAAGGACAGCAAGGUUCGACGCUGCUGCUGAAAAAUGAGCAGGGCCAGUUUCAGCUGCUCCGGAUCGGUCCGGCCCCGGCCGGUGCCCAAAUUACACCCGCCAGUCUUACGGGAUCGUCCGCCAAUUCAACGAUACGGUUGCAAACUGUACCAGCUGUAAGUAGGUUUACCGGUCCUCCAUUAGCCCUCCGAAAGACCAUUGUCACCAGUGCGCAACAGGUGAAACAGAAGCAAAAUACACAUUCAUCUGGAUCCGGUGCAAUAAUAGUUAGCUCGCAGUCGAUCACGACCACCCCGACCAGCUACAUCUCCACCCAGCCGACACCGGUGGCAUCGGUUGCACCGGUACCAGCCCUAGCCGCCCAGCAAAAUAUCACAAUCACUCACUCCCCGGCACAGGUCGGUGGCCAACCGACGGUGCUGGCAGCGCAGCACCAGCAGCAGCAACAGCACCAGCAGCAACAGACGACGACGGUCGUCGCAACACCUCAUUCCGUAGCGCAGCAGCAAUCGCAACAGCAGCAGACGGUUGUUGUUACCACGACGCCGGGCACGACACCGGCCCAGCAGCGAAACUCCCUAGAUAAUACCAAAGAAAAGUGUAGCAAAUUUUUGACGAACCUAAUCGAACUCUCGAAGCGGGAACCGCCCAAGGUGGAGCAGAAUGUGCGAACGCUGAUACAGGAGCUGGUGGACGCGAACGUCGAUCCGGCAGAGUUUUGCGAACGGCUCGAGCGCCUACUGAACGCUAGUCCGCAACCAUGUUUGAUUGGCUUUUUAAAGAAAAGUUUACCACUGCUACGGCAAUCGCUAGUGACUAAAGAAAUCACGAUCGAAGGUAUCAACCCACCGUCGACCGCUGUCGCCUUUGGUACUACCGCCUUAUCCCAAAUUCCUGCCCAAAUACGUCCGGUUCAACCGACGAUCGUGUCCCAGAACAGUAUGGUCGGUCAGACGCAGAUCCGCAUGCUAACCUCACAGUCCGGCGUAACGACCGUGCCACGGAUCGGGCAAACGACCAUCCGGCCGGCGGCACCGGUACGAAUACAAACGCCGCUACAGCAACACCAAACCGGUUCAACGACCAUCGUUGGACCACGGUCCCUAACUGCCCAACAGAUACGACCGAACGCGACCACGAUCGGGCAUACGACGAUCGUACAGACGGCGGGCGGUCAACAGUUGCCGCAAACCAUCUCAACCACACCUCCUGCAUUGCUACCGAUCCGAGCACCGUCCGGCACCUCGAUUACACGUACUGGCGCGACGUUACAGAUCCGCACCACUACACCGGUGUCGCGCACGGUUACGUCCGUCGGCGGCACGACGGUCACAACGGGCGGGCUCGCGAAACAGAUCGUCCAGUCGCAAGUCAAUCAGAUCCGCGGACAGACGCCGGUAGCAUCGGUGGCGGCCGUCGCUGCGGCGGCCGCUGCCGCCGCUUCCGGCACCACUGCCACACAGGUUAAGCAAGUGACAGCAAUUACCGGCGGUGGGAAUGUGGUGGUUAGUUUAAACCAAGUGCCACCCCCGAUGCAACCAGUGUCGGGCAAUGCGAGCGUCAUUGGCAGUACCGCGGGCUCACUCGCGGUAAGCCUCGUACCGACCAUGCCAGCCCUCACGCUCACCUCCUCGGCGGUUAGCGCCGGACUGGGUGCGGGAGUUGUGACUUCCGCAGCAGCGGCGGCGUCCGCAGCGACCGCGGUGCCCAGUGGCAUCUCCGCGGCGGUAGUGAUCAACUCGUCGUCCACUGCACCGACGGCUCCAGCGGUGGGAGCUACUUCGAUCGGGACGGCACCUGCUGCCACCGCUACCGGUGGUAGCAAUAGCAAUAGUAGCACCGCCGUCGCACCCGGUACGACCGUAACGACCGUAUCAACUAAUAAAACUGUUACUGCCAAAUCGCAGAACCUGACGGGGGCGACCAAGAAGAAGGCAAGUUCAUCGUCGGCGGCUAGCGGAGCGGAUGCGGAGAGUGCGGCUAGCAAGCGGGCCGGUGCGUCGGCACAGUCGCAGUUUUACCAUCAUCAUGCGUCAAUGUACGGGGACGACGAUAUCAACGAUGUGGCGGCAAUGGGUGGCGUUAAUCUGGCGGAAGAAACGCAACGCAUCCUCGGGUCGACCGAGUUCGUUGGGACGCAGAUACGGUCAUGCAAGGACGAGGUGUUUCUGCACAUGCCGGCCCUGCAGACGAAAAUACGGAGCAUUAUUGCGCGGCACGGACUCGAGGAGCCGAACAAUGAGGUGGCGGUGCUGAUAUCGCACGCUUGCCAGGAACGGUUAAAGAACAUUGUCGAGAAGCUAGCCAUCAUAGCGGAGCAUCGGAUAGAUAUCAUAAAGGUUGAUCCGCGGUACGAAAUCACGAAGGAUGUCCGAGGUCAGAUAAAAUUUCUCGAAGAGCUCGACAAAGCCGAACAGAAGCGGCACGAGGAGCAAGAGCGAGAAAUGCUUAUGCGGGCAGCUAAAUCACGCUCGAAAACCGAAGAUCCGGAACAGGCCAAACUAAAGGCGAAGGCGAAAGAAAUGCAACGUGCCGAGAUGGAGGAACUACGGCAACGGGACGCAAAUAUGACCGCGCUGCAAGCCAUCGGACCGCGCAAGAAGCCGAAGCUAGAGGAAGGUGUAACGGCAUCAACUACGCCUGGAGUGUCUGGUAUCGGUACGUUAAGUGGGAAAACGCCGACCCCGUUGCGGCCCCGUAUCAAACGAGUCAACCUGCGUGAUAUGCUGUUCUAUCUGGAGCAGGAAAGGGACACUGGGAAAAGUCAGAUGCUGUACAAAGCCUACCUCAAGUGAUCGAUUGUG